AUGCCAAAACACUUGAAAACACAGUCGCGGCUGCGAUUCGAACGUACGGCUUACGAGAUGUAUACUUGUGGUGUACGGGUGUUCUGUUCCUGCAGUGGCUUAAUUACCUGCGUGUUACCUCUUUCAGAAAGAUGUAAACACAUCUUUUCUUAUCGUCUAGAUACUCUUUUUCAUACUUGCCAGAAAACCAAAAAGGGCCCUUUCCCAAUGCGCCCCAGCUCCUCGCUCUCCGGCGGCCCGCCCGCCCGAAGCCUGUCCCAGUUGUCCAAGAGAUCCAGCUUUUCCGAUUUGAAAAGACCCGUUUCUGCCAGAGGAAGACCCCAGUCGCCUAGAACAAUGCCCAUGUCCCGAUCGAGACCCGGAUCUUCCAUGGGGAGCCGGCCUUCGACCCCGUCUUUCCGCGCCGAACCGUACACUGGAACUAUUACUGUCAGUAUCAGGCCAAAUCCCCAUUCAGACACGGCCCACAGCAAAAACUGGUGGAUCGAGCACGACACAAACACCAUUUCCAACAUUGCGGACCAGUCGUCUUUCUGUUUCGACAACGUUUUCCCGGCCAGCACAGAGCUCACCAACAGAGAAGUGUACAUGCGCCUGUGUUCGCAUAUAGUCAAGAGUUUUCUCCACGAAGGAUACAACAGCACGCUCUUCGCCUACGGUAUGACGGGCUCGGGCAAAACAUACUCGAUGCGCGGCGAAGACCACGACCCUGGCUUUGUCCGUUUGGCGAUCGACGAGAUUUUCGACAGGAUAUCGUCCGACUCGUCCAAACAGUACGAGUUGUCGGCGUCGUACUUGGAAAUCUACAACGAGAAGAUUGUUGAUCUUUUGUCAAACUCGCUCUCAGCACCCUCAGACUUAAAGAUCCGCGAUGACCCAGACUACGGCACCAAAAUCGUCGGCGCGUCCAGCCCGGUGAUUCUUUCGAAAGAACACUUGCUUCUGUUGAUCAGAACCGGCGACACGAAAAGAAAAACCUCAGCAACAGACUAUAACGCGCGGUCUUCCCGGUCGCACGCCAUUUUGCAAUUGAGACUCCAUAUCGUUGAUCUCGUAGCGCAAACAGACUCUCAUUGUACGCUUUCUCUUUGCGACUUGGCCGGUUCUGAAAGAGCGACGUCCAGCUUGGAAAGACGCAAAGAAGGGGCGUUCAUAAACAAGUCUCUCUUGGCACUUUCGACUGUUAUCAACAAAUUAUCCCUUCUUUCCACUUCUCCGUCUGCUUCCAUGGAGCACAUACCAUAUCGAGACUCGAAGUUGACCCGAUUACUUCAACCAGCACUCUCAGGUUCCUCCUUGGUGCUGAUUUUGUGUACCAUACAUUUGGGCUCUAAUCAGGCCGCAGUCAAUCAACAAUUCAUCACAGAAACAUACAAUACAUUACGGUUUGCUGCCAGAGCUAAAGAUAUUGUCAUCACGGUGAAGACAAACAAGAAACAGGCACUUACAGAUACAGAAACACAGCGGCUUUUGGAUGAGCUUCGGCAAACAGUGGAGACACAGAAAAACGAAAUCCAGAUGCUCAAACUUACUCCUCGAAACGAGAGCUCUGCAUCCGAUGUGGAAACGGCAGGACUCCGGGCAGAAAUCAGCGUUUUGAACGAAAAACUCGAGCAUCUCACCCGUCUCAACGAUUUGCAGAAAACAGAAACCAUCCUUCUUCGAAAUGAUACAUUGAAUGACAUUUUGGGCGUCGACACAGACAAAGUGUCUCUGCAAAUGAUGAUGUCCAACCUAGAAGAGUUCUACAAAAGAGUAAACUACGAGAUGGAAGAAUACAAACUGUAUAUUUCCCAUUUAGAGGAACAACUCAGACUCGCUCGCCAACAAUCGUCCAUUGUCGGAGAUACUAGCAGAAGGGGGUUGUCAGACAAACAUAUCGAAGCCAUGCUCAAGGAGCAGGAAGAGGAAAUAUGGCAGCUAAAGGAAACAAUCAAGGACAAAGAUCGCAUCAUAUAUGGGUUAACGAAAACGUCGAAGUUACGCCGUUUGGUUGAAUCUAAUACCGUAUCCGAGCAUAGCAAAAGACCCGGUUUGGGGCCCAAUCUCAUGUCACCCAGGGAAAAGGAAAAUGUGUUUUCGGAAAUCAAAACUUUCAACCUAAGCCCGAAGCGGCUGCUGAGUUAG